GAACCCCGGAUCAGAAAAAAAAUUAUAAAGGAUAUUAUUAGAACAAUGAGUAAAAUUUGAAUAUGGUCUAGAUUUUAGAUAAUAAUAUUAUAUCUGUUUAAGUUCUUGGAUUUGAUAAUUGUGGUUAUGUUUAAACAAUUUUGAUAAUUGUGGUUAUGUUUAAAAAUUUUUGAUAAUUGUGGUUAUGUUUUUAAAAAGCCCUUGUUCUAGGUGAUAUAUGCUAAAGUUUUAGGGGUGACAGUUCAUAUUUGUAACUUACCCUCAAAUGGUGAUGAGGAUGAGGAGAGAAACAGAAGGUGGGGAGGCAGAUAUUUGCUGUUGAUGAAUCUGAGUAAAUGGUUUACAGAUGAUCCGAAUGAAUCAUCCCUGAAACUUUUCUGUAAGUUUAAAAUAUUUCAAAAUAAAAAGUGUAAAAGGGUAAGAAAAUUAUUAACAACAUGUUCAAUGAAAAGACCCAAAUCACUCAUUGAGAUUUUGGGGUCCCAUUUCAAUAUCAUCUAACAUUGACCAUGGUCAUCUCUGGAAGGGGAGAUUCUGAGUGUGCUUCUUAGAUGAAAUUUUCCUUUGAUUUGUGUGUAUUUGCCGUUAUGUGAGGUUUUUACUUUUGAAAUCCAGUUUCAGGUGGAGGUAAUAUUUGCAUUCUGCGGAAAAAGCUUUCUGGUCGUGGUUAUUAAUCUUUUACUUAUUGCUUUGCUUUAUUUUCUAUAAAUAUUCCACUAUGUUGCUUGGCUUUCAUUAAUUUUGUUUUCAGAUGUGCAGUUGACAAACUCCUUUCCUUCUCACGGUAGCUUUGCCUCUGAAGUGACACUGAUUGUAAGUGGAGUGCAUGCAAAUCCGCUACCUGGUGGGUUAUGAGGAACUAGGGCUCCAAAUAAAAGUAAAGAUGACUUUGGACCACAAAUCCCCCAACUUGCCAAGUAAGCCAGAAACUCUUCAGACGUUCCUUAAGGAAGGGGGCGCGGAGACUUGUGGGAAACGGAGUCUGGAAUUUGAUGGAUCGCCCCGGGAGCGCCCCGGGAACCGGUCUUUGGCAGCCCCGUCUGCGCAUGUGCAGACUUCCUCCUUGUUCCUUACUCCUGUCUCUGAUCAGCGUGGAGCCUCCGCGUCUACGCGUAACUCAGCGACCAGGUGCUGCACUAACGAUGCGCUCCGCAGCCAGGGUCACCCUGCUCCUGUGAGGAGGGGACGCCAGAAGCAGGAAUCUCGCCUGGGAGGUUCCCACCCUCUGAUAAAACGCACACAGCUGCACCAAGGACGUCCGGGAAAACAGGCAAGUCUGUAAGCGCUUGCUCUUGAAGCAAUUCCCGAUUCUUCCGCCCUGAAUAACUCAUCAUGUCGGAGGUUGCCAAGAACCGUCGGUCAACGAAGGUGUGGGCCAGCUGUCACAGGACAGAGGUGAGCUGGGCUGAGGAUGGCGAGCUGGACUGAGGAUGGUGGGCAGGAGGCCGGCUGCGGGGGAGGAGGAACUCCCAGGUGAGUACCUGGUGCGCAUGACGGGGAAGAUACUAUCACCACUCCUCUCGGAAACUCUUCCCAUGCCCCUAAUUCUUCAACCCCUCUUCCUAGAUUUCUGCAGAGCCCUCAAACCCCACCCAUCUCCACAUCUGGAAUUUAGGGACAUGCUACCCACUACCUACUCUUGACUUUAUAGGAGUACGGGGAAGCUUUUCAGCGGUUAUGUAAUUGUGCCUCAUUUUAAAAGUGAAAAAUAUUAACACAGUGCUCAAGUGAAUGGAUCUGGGGCCGGACUGCCCGGGUUCAAAGCCCAGCUCCACCACAUUGCUCAGUCUUCCCCUCGCUUUCCUAUUCUAUGAAAUGGAAGUCAUAAUAGUAGCUAUGCUUGGCUUUAUUUUAAAGGUUAAAUGAAGGAAGACAUACAAAGUACUUAGAACAAGUCCUGUUAUAUAGUAACUACUAUACAAGUAUUGUCAGUAUUUUUUUUUUUUUGAGACGGAGUCUCGCAGUGUUGCCCGGGCAACACUAUGAAGGAGAGAAACACUAUGAAUGUAAUGAAUUUGGAAAAUUUAGCAAGAAAUCAAACUUUACCCAACAUCAAAGAAUGUACACAGGAGAAAAACCUGAUGAGUGUAAAGAAAAUGAGGAAGCCUUGAAGAAGUUAUACCAUACUCAAAAUGAGAGAACUCAUGCAGGAGAGAAAGUCUAUGAUUGUAAGAAAUGUGAGAAAUUCUUUCAUGAAAAAGCAUGCCUUACUCAACAUCAGAGAACCCACACAACAGGAAAACCCAGCAAGUGUAAUGAUAGUGAAAGAGUCUUAAAGAAGGAAUUUUGCCUCACUCCCAAUCAGAGAAUUAAAACAAGAUUAAAACAAGAGAGAAAAACUGUAAAGGUAAUAAAUGUGAGAAACCUUUCUUUGAGAAGUUGAAACACACUCAACAUCAGAGAAGGCACUUGGGGAAAAAAAAUAAUGGGCGUAAUGAAAGUGGGGUGCCUCAAGUAGGAAGUCACAACUUACACAAAGCCAGAGAGCUCACAAAAAAAGAGAAAACCUAUGACUGCAAUAAAUGUGGAGAAAGCUUCCAUAAGAAAACAGAUCUCAGAUAGCAUCAGAGCACACACACAUGGAAGAAAACCCUAUGAAUGUAAUGAAUGUGAAAAAUCCUUCUUUGUGAAGUCCAACUACGCUGAACAUCAGAGAACUCACACAGGAGAAAAACCAUAUGAAUGUAAUGAAUGUGGAAAGUCCUUCUGCCAGAAAUCAGCCCUCACAGUACAUCGGAGAACUCACAUGGGAGAGAAACUAUAUAAAUGCAAUGAAUGUGAGAAAACCUUCUGUGUGAAAUCAAACCUUACUCAACACUGAAGGACUCACACACGGUGAGAAACCCUAUAAAUGUAAUGAGUGCUGGAGAUCUUUCUGUGUGAAAUCCAACCUUGUCGUGCAUCAGAGAACUCAGGAGAAAAACCCUACAGAUGUCCUGAGUGUGGGAAAACCUUCUAUGAAAAGUCAGCCCUCACAAAACAUGAGCGAAUUCACACAGGGGAAAAACCCUAUGAAUGUAAUGAAUGUAGAAAAACCUUCAGCCAGAGGUCAGCCCUCACCAAACAUCAAAGGAAAACACACAAGAAGAAAACUAUUAUCAACACCCUCCAUGUGCAGAAACGUGCAUUUUCAAGGCAAAUUUGUCAAACAUCAGCAAAAUCAUAGGGCAGAAACACUAAGGUAUUAAUACAUGUAGGAAAGUAUUUGUUUGUAGGUUAUAACGAAUAGGAAUUAGAAAAUUAACAUAGGAGUGAAACCACAUGAAUGCUUUGAACAUGUGAAAGCUUUCAGCAAGUAUUCAGAGCUGUGGAGGAAAAAUUAAUUUUAAGGUAUAUGAAUGCAAAAUGUUCUUGUGCAUAAAAUGUUUAGGUAGAAGUCAUCUUUCAGAUGUAAUAGCAGAGUAAUUAAAGAAAAGAUUAGAAAAUGACUUGUUCUUAAUAGAAUGUGAAACAUUAUCCUUUUGUAAAACUAUGAAUUAUUUAAGUCAUUGACACGAUAGCGUUGAAUAUGUGUGAAGAUUUCCUGAAGAAUAUUGGGCUAUAUAUAGUUACAUAGGAUACGAGUGUGCUGUAUAACAUAAAUUAUGUGUAUGUUGGAUUUACACAUGGGAACACAACAAUACAAUAUAUUUUAUAAGUGAAAAUUGAACGGUCACAUAACCUGUGGUCCAACAAUUCCAAUUCUAGAUACAUACCAUAAAACAAUAAUUCUCAGCUGGACUUCCUAAAGUGUGUUUGGAAAUCUGUUGUUUUGAUUGUCACAUCAUUGACAUGCUACAGGCUCUGGGUAGGUGGGAGGUCAGAGAUGCUAAGUUCCCUAUGAUGUAUCAGUGAAAGGACAGGAAAUAGUCUUAUCCAGAAUACCGGUAGUUUCACCACACAAAAAAAUUGCCUUACAGAAACUCUUGCACAUCUGCACCCACAAAUUUGUACAAGAAUGUUCACUGCAACAUUGCAAUAGUUUUGUAAAAAAAAAUUUAAAGAAAAUAUCCAAAUGUUGAUUAACAAUAAACUAAAUUAAUAAAUGUUCGCAUAGUCAUAUGGUAGAAAUAAUAUACAUCAAAGAAAAUGAAUAAAACUCUGUU